CGUCUCGAAGCAGCCUGCCUCAGUGCAGUCAGCAUGGCGUCUCGUUCCGACAGCUCCGAAUCGCGGAAGAAAAAAGGUGGCACCGUUUAUUGCUGCGUGUAUGGUUGCCACAACAGCUAUAGAAAUGUUGGGGGGAAAGUCCCGAACAUCAAGUUCUAUAGCUUUCCAUGGAAGCCCUACGAGAAGGAGCGACGGGAGCGGUGGUGGCGAAGAGCCAGUGCGGACGAUGGACUGUGGCAACCCGUUAAGGGCCAAACACGCAUUUGUAGCGCCCAUUUCGUGGGUAAUGAGAAGGGUACUGUUGUCCACCACCCUGCCUACAUUCCAACGAUAUUCCCUUCCUGCUACGGGAGAGAAGAUGGCGUAGGGCCCGCAACGAAGCUAGAGAGAUACAAGCGGUUGCGGCGACGUGUUACAGCAUGUGCGGCGCGGACGUCUACUGGUUCUGACAGCGAAACAGGCGCUUCCUCUCUCGGUGGUCUGGUCCUUGGUGCCGUUGAGGACCAAUUGGAAGCUGCAGAUAAAAGCGUUACUUUUGCUUCGGUGGGGACUCAAACAGACGCAGAUGUACAUGGAGGCCAGUGCUGUAUAUUACUCUCAGUGACAUCAAAUGGCUCAGCCUCUACACAGGUGUCACAUGCAAGCACAUCAAACAUACGUGUGCAGACAGUCCCGACGACAAGAUCCGCAAGCACUGCAACAGACGAAAGAAGCUGUGUAUUCCUUGGGUAUGACUCGCUAAAGGAGAGAGCAGAUGGAUUUAGGGAAUUAUGUGGCAUUAGCACCAAUGUCUUCGCUUUGCUGAUGUCUAUCCUGUCACCAAUAGCCGUAAGGCGAAACGAUGUGCCGAUUCCUCAGAAACUUGUAAUUUUUCUGAUGAAGCUUAAGCUUGGCAUUUCUUUUGCUAGCUUGGGGGUCCUUUUUGGACUUCACCUGCUGGCUGCAAUGAAGGAAUGGAUACCCGAACGAUCAUUUUCCACAGUGCAAGCAACCAUGCCAGCAUGUUUUAAGUUGCACUAUCCACGCUGCCGUUAUAUAAUAGAUUGCACUGAAGUAAGAACUGAAGAACCACCUACAGUUGAGCAAAGGAGAGCACUCUUUUCACACUAUAAGGGUGGCUACACUUUGAAGUUUUUACUAGGCAUUUUGCCAAAUGGUGUAGUCACGUUCGUCUCCGAAGCCUACGGUGGUCGCACAUCAGACUCACAUAACACUUGAAUCCGGAUUCCUUGACAGGAUUGAGCCUGGCGACAUAGUACUUGCAGAUAAGGGUUUUCCGGGCAUUAGAGCGCCCGUUUCAGGCCAGAAAGGCAUUGUUGUUUUGCCCCCUUUUUCAAAAGGAAAUGUGCAGUUUACGCAUGAGGAACUGCAGGAAACAUACGUCGCCCAAGUUCGCAUACACGUGGAAAGGGUGAUUCAACGUGUGAAAAUGUUCAACAUCCUCAACGCAAGAAUAACCAUUGAGCUGAUUCCUCACAUGAGCGAUAAUAUGCGGAUGUGUUGUAUUCUGGUCAACCUACAGCCACCAAUCUUUGGUGCCAAAAAGCCUGACACUGUAGAGGAGUGUUGAGAUUCUAAGCCGAUUUUACUUUGGCAGAAAUGGACGCAAUCAAGUGUUCAACAGAACAUUUGCAGGACCUUGAAGUAGGACUGGGAACCAUUUUUAUUCAAUGCAAGUGUACAUAACGCAUGAAUGCAUUGCAAUAAAACUCUGCAAUAAAACAUGUUUUCACUCUCAA